UAUCAACUACUCAUUAGCAUAUCAUCAGAUAUAGUUUGAAACAUAACUCGGACAAGUUAUCGUUUUCCAUAGUUUCGAAUACUCCAUCAUUUUUACAUCCAACAUGCUGGUUUGCCUCAUUUUUGAAUUCCUUCCCGCCUUUUAAAUGGUGACUACUCGAAGCUCUUCAAAGAAGUUACAAAGUCGUUCUCGGGUAGAGAAGGAAAAUGAGACUCCAGAAACCAACGAGUUUGACUCACCUCAUAAGGAAUCUUUCAUCAAAAACGAUAGUUCCACAGAGACGACCGGUAACAAAUUGACAAGAGAACUUGUAGCACUCGGUAUCAUUGCUAACCAGAAGAGAACUCCGAAAAAGAAUCUUGAUUUUGAAAUGUUCUCUUCUAUGACUUUGAAAGCUGAAACCGUUGAAGAAAAUAGCCAUAAUACUCAACGAGUGGAUAGAAAGGAAGAAAGUAUCGAAAAUAUCAGUAACAUUCUUUCUGAAAACUGUUCACUUCGAGAAGAAAGAGAAAAGCUCCAAGAGAAGCUAGAAUAUACCUCCGAUAUGAAAUAUAAUAGAACAAACUUUAUGAAUACUUAUGAAAUAGGAUACAAAAGACCAACUGCCAGUUGGAUAGCAAAAGAAAAGGGAAAGGCCAAGAAAGAGGAAGAAUCUUCACAAGUGAAAGCUUUCAAGCGUGAACCAAACCAUGUGCGUCGUUCCAAACCUGUCCAUAUUGGUGAAGCACAUUAUAUGAUGCCAACUAUUUCCCAUGUAGCAAAACAUGUUUCAAAACGAUCACACUGAUAGCUGAAUAAUGAUACUAGCAAUACUGGACACUUAUCUCGUCUAAUACAAUAAAAGUGUUAAAAAUAUG